CUUGAAUCCCGUGACAUGUAAAGCGGUGAGCCCUUAUCAGUUGCAUCAAUCUGGAAAAGUUCCUACUUUUCAUACAACUGUAUACACCUCUCACACAAUGUCUCGAACACGCCAACCGAUGUCAAAUGUGCUCCAAACAACUACUGAAUCUUCUCGGGACUCAUCGACGGCCCGUGUUCCCGCCACACUCAGAUUGCGAGCGGAGGAAGCACCAACCAACACUCGUGAAGAAACCUCCGCGAGUCGCAGGAUUAGAUGGAGCGAAGACGUUGUUGACAACGAAGGCAUGGGAAAGAAGAGCUCCAAAGUAUGCUGCAUCUACCACAAAGCCCGGCCGGUAGGAGAGAGCAGCUCGGAAUCCGACUCAGAUUCCAGCUCCUCCGACUCAGACAGCGACAGUAAUGAUGACCGUGCUAAACGAGCAAAUCACGCUCGCCACUCACACGCGCGAGGACGGAAACCUCAUGGUGAACACAACCAUGCACCUGACUCAAACGAGGAUGCGUAUUGCUCAGAUCACGGAGCGCCGAAAUCGAAGCGCCGAAGGCCAAGUCCAAAUGCCUAUGAGAAAAUGCCCAAGCCAUCCAAGACCCAUUCGCGGGGUACUUGAAUACCUAAAUCUGAUAGCUGGGGCGGGUGGCAACGAAAACCCGAGGACCACACACGACUUGUCCACAUGCACAUUGCCAAAGAUCAUACAUUUUACU